UUUUUUUCGGGGGGGUAGGGUGAGGUCAACGGCAUCAUGAAGCCCUUCCUCCCUCUGCUGCCCCUCCUCUUUCUCUUCCUCCUCCUCUCGGCCCAGGCGCUGACCAGCGACUGUCCCAAAGACUGCUCCUGUUACCUCCCGGGGUCCAUCUUCUGCAACCACCGCCGCUCCCCCUCCGUACCCCGGGGGGUGCCCGCCUCCACCCAGCAGCUCUACCUCUUCCAGAACGGCAUCAGCGCCCUGGACCGGGAGGACUUUUCGGGGCUGAGCAGCCUGGAGCUGCUGGACCUGAGCCAGAAUGACCUGUCCGAGCUGCCGGACGGGGUGUUCGAGCCGCUGUCCUCCCUGCACAACCUGGACCUCUCCUCCAACGGCAUUACCCACAUCUCCCGGGGCAGCUUCUCCGGGCUGCUGCUGCUGGAGCGCCUCUAUCUCCACAGCAACCGCAUCCAGAGCAUCCACCCGGCGGCGUUUGAGGGCCUGGGCCAGCUGCUGGAGCUCAAGCUGCAGGGGAACCAGCUGACGGCGCUGCCCGUCCUCCGCCUGCCCAAGCUGCUCCUCCUGGACCUCAGCUUCAACCCCCUCCCCCCGCCCAACCCUGCCAACUUCCAGAUGCCCAACCUGGAGUCGCUGAAGAUGGCCAAGCUGGGGCUGGGCGACCUGGAGCCGGAGCUGCUGCGGGCCCUGGGGAACCUCCAUGACCUGGAUGUGUCGCAGAACCAGCUGAGGGCCGUGCCGGCGGCGGUGAGGGAGGCGCGGGGGCUCAUCCGGCUCAGCCUGGCCGGUAACCCCAUGGGCCAGCUGAGGCCGGAGGACUUCCAGAGCCUGAGGAGCCUGCAGGAGCUGGACGUCAGCGGCCUGAACCUGCAGGGCUUCCCCGAGGGCUUCCGCCGGCUGCUGCCCCGCCUCCAGCAGCUGACGGCAGCCGAGAACCCCUUCAACUGCCUGUGCCCGCUGGCCUGGUUCCCCGGCUGGCUGCAGGAGGGCCGGGUGGAGCUGGGCAGGACAGAGGAGACCCGCUGCCACUUCCCGCCCAAGAACGCCGGGAAGGUCCUGGCCCGGCUGGAGCACAAGGACUUCGGCUGCCCGCCCACCACCACCGUCGCCGCCAGCACGCCAGGCAGCAGCGCCCCGCCCGAGCCGCCGGCCCUCACCACCCUGCCCGGCACCACGCCCGCCAUCCCGCCUCCCCCGCCCAGCGACGGCCCCUCCGCCGAGACCGACAGUGACCCCCCGCCCCUGGCCCCCGCCUCCCCCAGCAGCGGCGGCGGUGGCGGUAACCAGGACCUCGGCGACCUCAUCUGCCCUGCUAAUAUCUGCCUGAAUGGGGGCACCUGCCAGCUGGACCAGAGGGGCCAGCUGGUGUGCACCUGCGCGCCGGGCUUCUCGGGGCCUUACUGCGAGGGCCAGGAGGAACUCCCGCCGCCGCCCCCUGCCGAGGUCUCCACCGUGGCCGUUGCCACGGCGCCUGACAUCAGCUCCCGCCAGGUGACCAGCACCUCCAUCCUGCUGGACCUGCACCGCUACAUCGAGACGCGGCCGCACCUUCGCGGGAUCCGGCUCACCUACAGGAACCUGUCGGGGCCUGACAGGCGGCCCGUGCACCUGAGCGUUCCCGCCUCGUACCCGGAGUACACCCUGCGAGGCCUGCGCCCGAAUUCCACCUACUCGGUCUGUGCCAGCCCCCUCGGGGAGCCCGGGGGCGGGGACAGCUCCUGCACCGAGGCGCACACGGCCGGCCAGACGCACCCGGCCACGCCCGAGCCACAGGUGAUGGACGGCCGGCUGCCCUCGGCAGCUGAGCCACGGGUGACCGACGGGCGGCUGACCGCCAUGCUGCUGCCCACGCUCGCCGCCGUCGUCAUGGCGAUGGUGGUGGCGGUGGCGGUGGGCACGGUCUGUUACCUGCGGAGGAAGAGGGCCAAGGGCCACUCGGACUUGCGUGCGGACGAGCCCUCGCCGAUGGAGCUGGAGGGGGUCAAGGCCUGCAUGGACAAUGGGGCCCUGUCCCAGAAGCAGGCCGAAAUUACGCCCUCCCCGCCCCCUUCCCAGAGUGACCAGGAGUAUGAGGUCCUACUCAUGCAGGCGCACUGUACAGCCAACAACAAUGUGGCCUCUCUCAAGCCCUCUUGCUUCUGACCUCUGCCUCUGUCCUUCAGACCUCCCCCCACUAGAGGGAGCUCUGGUUUUUAAACCCUUUCUCCUUGCCAAGAAAGACUAAGACUAUUGAGGGCAGGAGGUAGGAAGUAUGGUACAGCCAGAUGAUUUAAUGAUGAAAAAAACAGAUUUAAACACACUCAAGUGCAAUGUCCCAGAAGAGAUUUGUUCUCUAAGACUUUUUGAGGGUAAAACUGAAGUGCCUUUGUUUGCAUCCACACACGUUCAGCUUAUACGUUAAUGUAUGUUUUAGGCAUUAAAAAGUGAACUGUUUCUGAUAAUCACUUUGCUGGACCGGCACACAGAGAGGUAUGUCUGUGAGCACGCCCUGACCUGUGCCUGCUUUCGACAGGGGUCAGAGGUCGCGGGGAGGAAGACCUGAGCAGGUGGGUGGGCUUCGUGUGCUUACCUGCGCAGCACUUGUAUUUUUGGACCCGGGGCACUCUGCUCGUCCGUGCCUCUGGGGAAAACCUGCACUGAGGUGGGGUAGUCUCUCCCGUUGCUGCCUGUGAUGGCUGAUAACAGAAUGAAAAUACUGAAACUGUAGUUUGCCUCAUGCAGUAACAGCCCGGCAUGAACUACAAGUACACAAGGACUUUUAUUUGCUGUGAAAAAGAAAAAAGGAGCUGAAGGAAGACCUGGACAGGAGUCCAGAACCUUGAGCCUUCCUGGGCUUACGAUGGCUGUAGUACUAUAUCGCCUACCUUAUUGUGUUUGUAUUUUUAUGUUUUGCUUUUGUUGCUGUUGUUGUUGUUGUUGUUUUCUCUAAUGACGUGACUGUAGAAAGCCCUUAUUUUCCCCACAAGAGAAAUUUCUUUUUGUUUUUUUUUGCUUUUUUUUGUCGAAAAAUGCCAAUGUAAUACUUUGCCAUGACAAUGUCAGAGUGUCAAAAUAGUGGCAGGACUGCACAGAUCUGAGUCAUA